AUGGUUUCCGAGCCUGGUGCAGUUGCUGCACGGUCACCCAAGGGAGCUUCCCCUGUGAGCGGACCUAUUGUCCCAGGCCCAAGGAGGGCUUUGGCACCCGAACCCCAAGCUCACGCAGCUAUGAGCUUGGCCCCUGAACGGGAGCGCCUGUCAGCCUUAGGGCUCUCGACGGCGGUGAUUUUGACCAUUCAGAGUGCUAGAGCGCCCUCUACUAGGUCGCAGUAUAUAUACAAGUGGCAGUUGUUUCAAGAUUGGUGUCUGGCGGAGGGCCAUGACCCAAUAUCCUGCCCUAUGGCAGUGAUAUUACAGUUUCUACAGAAACUGUUAGAUGAGGAGAAAUCUCCCUCUACGCUUAAGGUGUAUUUAGCCGCCAUAUCGGCUUGCCAUGUACGCAUUGACAGUUUAUCACCAGGUUGCCAUUUUCUGGCAUCCCAGUUCCUGAAGGGCGCAAGAUGCUUGCGGCCUCCAAGGAUGACCAGUUUACCGUCAUGGAGCCUUGACGUGGUUUUAGAAGCCCUUACCAAGGCACCGUUCGAGCCUCUCCACAGCGUGGAUAUAAAGCUCGUGUCUAUGAAAACUGCGUUCUUGCUAUCAGUGGUAUCAGCAAAACGCGUGGGCGAGUUACAUGCACUUUCAGUGCAUUCAUCAUGUACUUGUUUCACAGGAGACGGUUCUAAGUUUUCCAUGCGUCCAAAUCCAGCCUUUUUACCCAAGGUCAUAUCCCCGUUUCAUAUGAACAAACCAGUUGAGUUGAUGGCGUUCCAUCCUCCUCCUUUUUCUUCCCCUGAGGAAGAACGGUUACACAUGCUCUGCCCCGUUCGGGCAUUGAGGUGUUAUAUUGACCGUACAACGACUGUGAGGCAAACAGAACAGUUGUUCAUAUGCAAUGGUUCUAGGACUUUGGGUCACCCGUUGUCUAAACAACGCCUUUCCCAUUGGAUAGUGGAUGCUAUUAAAUUAGCAUAUGAAUCUGCAGGCCUUCCGCCACCAGGGCAGUUGAAGGCACAUUCCACUAGGGGUAUGGCGACAUCCUGGGCCUUCUUUAGAGGGGUGCCGGUGUCUGACAUUUGCGCUGCAGCCAGUUGGGCUACACCGCAUACUUUUAUGAAGUUCUACCGUUUAAAUGUACUGGAAUCCUCUGCUCAGUCAUUCGGAGCAUCCGUGUUACACUCUAUGACGCCCUAG